GUGAGUCUAUAAAACGGUUACUUUUCUUCCUCUUUUAUGGAAAACACAGUUUUCUUCCUCUCUUUCCCAAAAUAUACAGUUUCUUGCAUCUUAAUCAUUAUCCAAAACUGUUGUUAUAUAGCUACUAAUCAUUAGUUUAACCUUUUAUUCUGUGAGCUAAAAGGUGAAAUAAUGACCUUAGAGGCUGUGGUUUUUCCAGACAAAACAUUCACUAACGGUUGCAAAGAUUACUUGCAUUCAUUAGUUGAAACCGUUGCAAGAAGUGAAGAAUCUUGGAGCAACAACAACUACAGUUUCCAAACUACAGAAGAAGAAGAACAAGAUCUCUAUGGAAUAAUCGAGAAGAAUUUAAAUCAUAAUAUCGUUACGAAUUUUGAUUCUUCUUCUCCUUCCGUGAUGCAAAAUGGUAAAAGUCAAUGGGAUUCGAAUUCUUCACCUGAAACUUCCAAUCUUCCUCCUAGUUUUGUUGUAGAAGGUGCCCCCGCACUGGUUAGUCGUAGGCGCAAAAGACGUCGGACUGCGAUUGCGAAAAAUGAGGAGGAAAUCGAGUGCCAGAGGAUGACUCAUAUUGCAGUUGAGCGGAAUAGAAGGAAGCAGAUGAACGAGUACCUUGCUGUGCUCAGAUCCUUGAUGCCUCGUUCUUAUGCAAAAAGGGGGGACCAAGCAUCAAUAGUUGGAGGAGCAAUCAACUUCUUAAAAGAGCUAGAACACAUUAUCCAAUCCAUGAAAGGACAAAACAAAACAAAACAACAACAAUCACAUGAAAAUGUAUACAAUAACAACUCAUCAUCAUCAUCACCCUUUGCUGAUUUCUUCAUGUUCCCUCAAUACUCCACGUGUCCACCUCAGACCAACACGUGCUACCCUUCUAACCCUAACCAGUCACGUGCCACGGCAGACAUUGAAGUGACAUUGGUUGAUAGCCAUGCCAAUAUAAAGAUAAUGUUGAAGAAACAACAUGGACACGUUAUGAAGAUGGUUGUUGGGAUUCAAAACCUUGGCCUCAAUAUUCUUCACCUUAAUGUUUCUACUUUGGAUCAUUUGGUUCUUGUUUCGGUUAGUGUCAAGGUAGAGGAAGGGUGUGAACUGAACACGGUGGAUGAAAUAGCAGCUGCUGUGAAUAAACUAUCAGUCAGAAUCCAGACAGAAGCUGUAUUAUAAUAUCAACAAUAGAGAGAGAGACAAAUACAGUUGAAGAUUGAAAUAUCAUAUACAACAAGGGAGGUGCAUAUACAUGCAUCUGCACAAUAUAGCUAUAUGUGGUAGGAUAUUCUUUAUUGUAUAUUUCCUUUUAUGUCUUCUUCUGUUUUUCUCAUGGCAAUAUGAAAUUAUGAGGAGGACAAAAAGUAUGAAGGGACAAUCACUUUGUUGUGGAGGCCCAUACUUACUUCAAGUGUGUAUCAAUUUGUGAAUUAUUAGCAUUAUUUCAAAAUCAUGAGCAUUGUUGAUUUCCUUAGAUUUUUUUUUUUGUGGGGCUCUUGAAUUAUUAUGUUUUUUCAUUGUAAAGUUUGUUUGUAAUCUCUCAAAAGUUAUAAAAUUUUUAUUUUGGUUUUAUUCUAACUUUGUUUUUUGGGCUAUUUAUUGGUGUAAAAGUUGACAA